UUGCCGGGAGGAAGGCGAGGCGGCGCGGCAUGGCUGCGGCGGAGGCUCCCCGGGUGCUGGUCUACGGCGGGCGGGGCGCGCUGGGCUCCCGCUGCGUGCAAGCCUUCCGGGCCAAGGACUGGUGGGUGGCCAGCAUUGAUUUAGUGGAAAACGAGGAGGCCUGUGCCAACGUCCUUGUGAAAAUGAGUGACUCGUUUGUGCAACAAGCGGAUCAGGUGACAGAAGAUGUCGGGAAACUGUUGGGAGAAAAGAAGGUGGACGCGAUCCUUUGCGUCGCUGGUGGAUGGGCCGGAGGCAGCGUUAAAGCCAAAUCCUUGUACAAAAACAGCGACCUGAUGUGGAAACAGAGCGUCUGGACCUCCACCAUCUCCAGCCACUUGGCGACGAAACACCUGAAGGACGGCGGCCUGUUGACCCUGACGGGGGCAAAAGCAGCCUUAGCUGGGACUCCGGGAAUGAUUGGCUACGGCAUGGCCAAAGCAGCCGUCCACCAGCUGUGCCAGAGUCUAUCCGGCGCCAACAGCGGCCUCCCACCGGGGUCUGCGGCCGUGGCCGUUCUCCCGGUUACCUUGGAUACCCCAAUGAACAGGAAAUCCAUGCCGGAGGCAGACUUCAGUUCCUGGACACCGUUAGAUUUCCUUGUGGACACUUUUUUUGACUGGGUCACUGGGAAGAACCGGCCGGGCUCAGGGAGUCUGAUCCAGGUUGUAACCACAGGAGGAAAGACGGCGCUGACGGCAGCAAAUCUCUGAACUGGAGGCGUUCCCAUUUCUGCAGACAACAGUUGUUGCGAGUCUUAGUGAGUGUGUGUCUGUGUGUGUCGUCUGUGGUCAUCACUUUCUGCCAAUUAAAAGAGCUCUCUCGGGGAGCGAGACCCGAAGUCCUGUUUCUGUUGCUAGCCAUGAGCCAGUCGCACUGAAUUACCAAAGAGCACAGUGUGUCUUGCAUUUAAAUCAGUAUGGCAAAUUUCAUGUCUUGCUAAUGGCCAAUGUGGUGCAGUGGUUACAGUUUUCGACUAGGACCUGGAGCAGUCAAGUCUGAAUCCUCACUCUGUGACAUGGAAGCUUGCUUGGGUGGCCUUGGGCCUGUCCCAAUCUCUCUAACCUACCAAGCCAGUGUGGUAUAGUGGUUAAGAGCGGCGGACUCUAAUCUGGAGAGCCGGGUUCGAUUCCCCACUCCUCCUCCACAUGAAGCCAGCUGGGUGACCUUGGGUCAGUCACAGUUCUCUCAGCCAAAAAAAAAACACCUACCUUGCUGCAAAAAGAGCUGUAGCUUCAGGCUGCCAGACCAUCUUCAGAUCUCCUGGCGAUGCUACACCCACUGCCAGACAAUAAUUAUUAUUAAUUAUUUGUCUAACCUGCCUUACAAGGUUGUUGUGGUGAAGAAAAGGUGGGGGAGGGGAGAAUGACGUGGUAAGCAGCUUUGGGUCCCAAUUGGGGAAAUCAGGGUAUAAAUAAAAUAACUUUGCAGCAUUUGCUGAGGCUUAAGAAAUUAAAUAGUGGUACUAGUGGGUGAAAAAUUGGUAGGGGGAAAUUACUCUUAGCCUUAAGAAAUUAAAUAGUGGUACGAGUGGGUGAAAAUUGUGCUUUGACUGUAUGACGUACAUUCAUGUGUCUGAUCUGCCAUUUGGGAGAAUUCCCCCCCCUGCAAUAUUUUUGUGACUUUUCAAGCAGAUGGUUCUUUUGUUUGUUGCUGUUAAUAAAUAUCAACCAUAAAUGAGACCAACUGGAAUUAUACCCCCCUCCCUGCUGAGUGCUCUUUGCUGUCUCAAGAAGCUCCAAAGAAGACUCCAAGGCAAGGCAUGUUGCUGUUUCUGAUCCUUAACAAUGCCCCUUCAAACUGCAGCUGGGGCAGAGGAGGGUUGAAAGGCUCCCCCAUUUCCCCGCUUAACUUGUCUUUAUAGAUAUGUAUGUAUGUGUGUGGA